AUGGAGAUGGAGCAUGACCAUUUUAAGAAAAAGUUGACGGCCAGCGAUGUUAAAAGACUUGUGGUGACCACCGCCAUGCUUGAAAUGCUGCCGCCGGUGGAUCCAGAUCGUGAUAUCCCCAUCAGAGUUGUCGACACACAGACGCACAACGUUUACGAGUUCAAAUUAUCCUGCAGACAAGGGGGUACAAAGCCAGUUUUCCAGUCUCGUGGAUGGACAGUGUUUGUCAUUGACAGAGGCAUUGAAGCUGGGGAUGAGCUCUAUUUCUGGGCGGAGGAAUGCCUAUUACAUGGAACUCAAUAUCGCAUUGCACUGUGCAAGCCAAAUCUUUUCCCUCAUCCUUAA